UUUACCAGCAUUGCACUGAGAAGUGGCUCAUAUAAUGAGCUCAGCAGAUGCAGCAGAUGCACAGCAGAUUAGCUAACUUUAGCAGUGUUUGCCAAUUGUUGCUGGCUAGUCUGAAGGACCUGAGUGGGGAUUGAUUAAAAGCUCAAAAAGUCCAUUUUACAUAAAACUGACCCUUUAGGAACAGUACCAGAAAAGGAGGACUCAGGAAAUUUCUGAUUCUACCUAUUUCUAUAAUCAUGAUCUUACUCUUCAGUGCACUGUUGUCAUGAGUUUGAUGCAUUAUUAUUAUUAUUAUUGUUAUUAUUAUUACUGUGAGCAGGUCCUCAAUACCUGUUGAGGACCAGAACAAGAAAGGACCAACAAUAACCAAAUCAUCUGUGCACAUAAGGACACGCUGUCCCACAGAUGUCCUUCAAUAUUGUUUAAAUGGCAAUGGCAUUGUAAAACGGCGGAUGGUCUCCCCUGGAUAUGUGACAUAACAGUGAUAUCACCAUAGCAACAUAGGAAUGCAUUUAAGUCAUUGCUAAACAUGGAAUGUGGUGGCGUCAUAGUCAUUGACGGAACCCGUCAAAUUCAAGACAUAUCCUAAAGGAACCUGACUGAAGCUCGUUUUUGGAAAGCAUUUCAAAAUGUUUCCGGCUGCUAGCUCACUACAGAACAAGGCCCUGCUGAGGUCCGAGAAGAAUGAGAAACUGCUCAUGGAGGAAAACAAAAAAUGUAAGAAGGAAAUAGCAAGUUUAGUCGAAGACAAUCUGAAACUACAAAAAGAGAUUAGGCUGUUUAAAGACGGGCUGAAAGAGGAAGGGCCUCGCAAGGACAAAAUAAAAGAGCUGCAGGAGACCAUUUCAGACUUGCAGAACAAAGAAGAAGAAAGGGUGAAAAAUCUGAGCAAGAUUCAGGAGGAGAACAUUGCUCUUCAAAAGGAAGUCAAGACACUCAGUAACAAAAAUGCCAUUCAGACAAUAUGGCGAGAGCAGCAAGCGAAAGAUCUGGAAGGUUUUGACAAGUUAAAGAAAGAAGCUAAAUUAAUGGCGUCAGACAUAAGCCAGCUAAAGAAGCAAAAGGACGAUCUUAAAGAGAGGGAGCAGCAAAACCUAAAUAAAAUACAGGAACUUCAGAACCUCCUACAGAGCGAGCAGACAAAGAGUAAGAACGCCGAGAAGGCAUUACGGAUUGAAAGGCUUGAUCGACAAAAUUUUUCUGAAAAGGACAAAGAGAUAUUGACGACUUUGAACGAUAAAGUAGAAGGUUUACAGAGAAAAAAAAAUGGACUUUUGGAUGAACUGAACAAAUCCAGAAACCAAGCAAAGUCGCUUAAAAAUGACAAUGAAAUGUUGACGGAAGAGAUUCGCAGAGAAAGGAUGAGAAACAAAGAGCUGUCAGAGCUACUCGAGGCGAAAACCUUGGAGAGUGACCAGCUCCAGACAGAACUGCAGUCCAAAGAUGAGCACUUGAGAGGUAUGAAAGAAGAAGCCAUAAAAGCUCGGAAUAUCAUACAUUGGAUGGAGCUGGAAUUACAGAAACUCUCCCUUCAAUCUGAAAAGGAUCGGAAGAGAAACAAGCGUGUGGUGUCGACCAUAAACGAGCAGAUCAAAGGCUUGAAGAAGGAAGUGAAAGAAAAGGAAGACAAUGAAGCAAAGCUCUUGAUGCAAGUGUCAGCUCUCAAGGAUCAGAUCAAAGAUGCCGAGGACAAACUCUGCGACGUCCAGACGGAUCUCAGUGAGUCUGAAAAAGAAAAUGCGUCACUGAAGGAGGUCAAUAAAGGCUUAGACGGUGACAUCACAGCUCUUCAAGCAGAGCUGGCGAACGCCAAAUCUGAAAAUCAGCUUUUACACAAUCAGCUGGAGCAGCUGAGGAAGCAAAUGGAAGAGACAGAAGCAAAUAAUGAGAAGAAAUUGUCUAUGCUUGAUAGAGAACUGACUAUGGUUAGAGACAGCCUGACAGGGACAGAGGAAGAAAGGCAGGGGCUUACUAACAAGCUGGACGAAUGUCUGGAGGCUGUUUUCAAGAGCAGCAGAAAACUAAACCAACUGCAGAACCAAAACUCUGAGGCGGAAGAGAAGGUAAAGGAGCUGACCAAGGAAAACAACAAUCUUCUUGAGGAGAAUAAGAAACUUAAGUUGUUUAAGGCGUAUUGGUUGUUUUUGUCCGAAACAAUAAUGGACAAAAUAAAUGAUUAAGAUUCACUUCCUUCUGAAGCCAUGUAAGGAAGCGCACCUUUAUGUCCUC